AUGCCAGCAUUUCCUAGCUACUCCGUACAGCUUCUCCAAUUCCAUCGCACUCCACAAGUAUCGAUCUGCCCCUGCUCGGUUUACCUGAUAUCCUCAGAUCUUGCGGUCCCCAAAAUCUGCAAACCGCACGCUCCUCGCAACGCUUCCAUCGAAACUCUCGUCUCCCAAGCGUCUAAUCGGCUGGUCGAAUGUCGCCCGAACGCCGCUUAUGGUCCCGACUACUAUUUUCCCGUCACCUGUCCGCCUUGUUUCGAGCAACCCUCCCGCGCCCCGGCGCAGCCGCGCGACGCGAUGAUGCUGUUCCCCGAAGAAGAUGCGCCUCUGCUGAAGAAAUGGGUCGUCAAACGUCUAGAGAACACGUCUGAUGCGGACGCCGACGUACUGGCCGACUACAUCAUGGCCCUCCUCAAGCAUGAGGGUACUAAAGAGGAUGUGCGUGCCUUAUGCGAACAAGAGCUCCCAGUCUUCUUGAACGAGGACAUCAAAGUGUUCUUGGACGAUGUCUUCCAAGCAAUCGCCUGGAAAUUAUACGUCCCUGGCAUGUCGAAACCGCCGCCCUCGAGACAGACGGGCAACGAGUCACCGGUGCCGCCGCAAGAACAUAGUGGACCCCGACGACCGCAAGGAAAAGGGCGAAAGAGAGGAUACAGGGAUCUUGAUGCGCCGACUGAGGAAGGCGAGGUGCAAGAAAGUCGACCCUUCAAGAACGCGAGGAUCAAUGGUCAAGGAGGCGACAUGGAGUCGCAGCAAGAAAAUGGUACUUUCCAUCCCAUGCCGCUAGCCACAACAGGGGGGCCUUAUGAUCCGCAAGACCCCAUGGGAAUGGGAAUGCUGGCGAUGGGAAUGCCAUUUUCUGGGAUGCCAGGCCAAUGGCCCAAUACGGGUAGGAACAGUCACCGCAGGCGGAAACGAUGUCGAGAAUUCGACACAAAAGGAUUUUGCGCAAGAGGCAACAACUGCAAGUUUGAGCAUAUUCUGGACCCCAACUAUUGGCCUCAAAUGCUGCCACAAGUCCCCGGUCUGACUGGAGGUGCGUUUGAUGAAUAUUUGCGGACGGUACAGUUUGCUAAAAAUGCCGAAGAGUAUGAUCCAAAUAGCAACGCGAUGCCGGGGUCUUCAUACCAUCAUAACCAAUCGAUGCCCGCCUUGCCUUUGCCACAAAACGGCAGACAUAAGCAGGACGGCCGAGGAGGUCAGAGGAAGAAGAAGGGCAGGGCGGCUUUUUCUGCCGAAGGGCCUGAAUCCGACAAGACGAAGAGCACGCUGGUGGUUGAGUCGAUACCCGAGGAUCACCUGAACGAGGAAGACAUUCGAGCAUUCUUUGGGGAGUUUGGCACCAUCGAGGAGUUGACGCUGCAGCCGACACAGAAACUAGCAAUCAUCAAGUACGACAACUGGGAAUCCGCUAAUGCGGCAUACAAGUCACCCAAGGCAAUAUUCGACAAUCGUUUCGUCAAGGUCUUUUGGUAUAAAGACGAGAUCAACCCCCCACACGGAGCCAAGUCGAAUGGUGCCGCAGAAACAGGGGAGGAGGCACAGGAAGAGUUCCAGAUGGAUCCUGAAGAAUUCGAACGGAGGCAGCAGGAGGCUCAAGCGAAGUGGCAAGAGCGCGAGGCGAAGCGUGCCGAACUCGAACAACAACGGCAAGAUUUGGAACGCCGCCAGCAGGAACACCUAGAGAAAUACCGCGAAGCGACCGAGAAGCUCACUAGUAAGAUGGUAGAAAAGAACGGCGGCAGUGAAACCGAGGUCUCGGGUACGGAAAAGCUGCGCGCUCAGCUGGCAAGAUUAGAGCAAGAAGCGAAGAUCCUGGGCAUCGACACUGAUGGGGCGGCCGACGAUGCAUCCGUGUCAUCAUUUGGGCCGCCUCAUCCCUCGCGUGGUGGCUGGCGAGGGCGCGGCCGAGGCAGGGGCAGGGGGACAUGGCGAGGAAGAGGCGGCGGCACUGGCGUCGAGGGGAGGCAUGCAGCAUACGCACAGUACUCGUUGGAUCUUCGACCCAAGACGGUUGCCAUUGCUGGAGUCGAUUUCACGGCCCCUGAGAAGGACGAGGCACUACGACACUAUCUCCUGAACCUGGGCGAGUUUGACACCAUCGAGACAAGCCCCGACGUAACCCAGGUCUCUUUCCGUGACCGCAAGACUGCGGAGACGUUCUUCUCCUCGCUUCACGGCCGGUCACUGCCUGAUGUAGAGGGGACGCUGCAGCUUAGCUGGUCUGCGAAAAGACCGAAUCCCGUGACGGCAGGCCGACCCCUAGAUCGAGGUGGGGGCGUAGGUGGUGGUGAAGGAGGAGGGCUGUUGAUUUCGUCCAUUGCGCCGGAGGAGAAAGGUUCAGGGGGCCAGAGAGAAGAAGAAAGAGAGGAAGGCGAGGUCACGAUUGGGGAUAUGGAUGACGAUUAUGCCGAUGAUCAGAAGGUCGAGGAGGAUGAGGAGGUUGACUAUGUCUAUUGA